AUGACAGGACAUGAAUACACAUUGGAGUUGUUACAUCGUAAUCGUUUACAAUGUGUUGAAGUACUACGCAUGUCCCAUGACUCUUUUGUACGACUAUGUGCUCAUUUUAGAGCAAAUUACUCAUUAAAGGACAGCAAACAUGUAUCGGUUGAGGAAAAGAUGGUCAUGUUUUUGAUGAUGAUCGGCCAUAAUCAACGUUACGUGAUUAUCAAGCAGAGAUUUCAACACUCGAAGCAAACAAUUCAUAAAUUUUUUUAUGAAGUGUUGGAAAAAAUGAUGAUUUUCGCACAAGAUGUUAUAGUACGAACUUCUUUUAAUCCGAAUCCAAACAUUUCAGGACAUAAUAGGAGGCUACGACGAGUUUUCAAAGGGGCGGUUGGUGCACUUGAUGGCACUUUGAUACAUGUUGUUGUCCCUGCUAAGAAACAAGAGUUAUAUAGAAACAAGUAUUAUCUUUGUGAUGUCGCGUAUGCACACACUCGAGGAUUUAUGGUCUCUUAUCAUAAUGUGAGGUAUUGGCUUGGAGAUUUUCGUCAAAGACGUGCAUUGACCAAUAAGGAAAAAAUUAACCAUGGACAUACGAAACUUCGGAAUGUCGUUGAGCGUGCUUUUGGUGUUUUGAAAGCACGCUUCCCUAUAUUGAAGAGGAUGGCACCAUUCCCGUUUGUGACACAAAGAAACAUUGUCAUGGCAUGUUUCGCGCUUCAUAAUUUUAUAAGGAGAGAAGGAAUGAGUGAUGAGUAUUUUGCACGAUACGAUGAACCCAAUGUCUCGUUUCGAAAUAACAAUGUGGGCGUUGAUGAUGAUGAAGACGGGAUUCCAACACAUGGUACUACAACAGACCGUGAAUAUAUGACUCAGUUACGGGAUGAAAUUGCUGAUCAGUCACCAAAUACCCUAUCUGCCCUUAUUCUCACUCUCGCACAAAGCUAG